CACUUCAUAAAAACCUAAGAAGGAAAAAUUGAUCUUCUCUCUACGUUUUGUAGCGAUAAAGAGUAGUAUCUGUGUAAUCAAGCAACCCUCCCUUUCAUAAUUCAUUUUGUGAAACAGAGCGUUGCGCGUUCAUGCUUGCUCAUUAUAAAGGUGGCAGACCGUCGGAGCACAGGCAAGUACGUCGACUAUCCGCCUGCCGCAGACACCACGGGCGAUGAGGAGGAGGAGGAGGAACAACGACCCCCCACGCAGCACCAACUCCCAAACCAGCAGCAGAUACAUCUAAUGGAUGAGGCGGUCAUGCCGAUGUACUCAGCGUAUGGUCGACCUAGUGAGAUGUCGGCGAUAGUUUCGGCUCUAACGCAUGUUGUCUCAGGGACGAGAGGCAGUCAACACGGAGGAACGUACCGCUCGACAUCGACUUCUUUAUCGGCAUACGAUUCGGCUUCAGCUGGCAGCUCAUCACAGCUUCCAUGGACUCAUAUUGGGCAAAAGAGAGAACGUGAUGAAGCAGGAAGUUCAUCACAGUUUUUGGCCGAGUCUCCCUCAAGUCAGAGGGAUUACUAUGGGAUCUAUAAUAGCGGUAGUCUUGCGUUAAGAGAGCCAUCUACUAUUUCAUCUUCCAUAGCUGGACUACAAGCAGCGACUGUUGCUGCCACCUCCGCUGUCCCGCUGGCACCUUCUGGAGCAGGCGCGCCACCCCUUGAAGGCGGAGAGAGAAGGAGGAGAUACAGGGGAGUGAGGCAGAGGCCGUGGGGGAAAUGGGCGGCGGAGAUCCGCGACCCGCAAAGGGCCGCGAGGGUCUGGUUGGGAACCUUCGACACGGCGGAGGCCGCCGCCCGGGCCUACGACGAAGCCGCCCUCCGGUUCCGCGGCAGCCGUGCCAAGCUCAACUUCCCCGAAAACGUCAGGAUCAUCCCGCCCAAUGUCCAGGCUUACAGUUCCCCUGCCGCUGCAGCGACCCUCGCUGCAGGCUCCGCUCCUCCGGCAAUGGCAGCGGGUCAGCUAGCUCCUCCGUCUGUGGGGCUGGUGCCGCUAUAUCCGAGAGGAGUUGAAGGCGUCAAUGUGAGAGACUACUGGGACUACUCUCAGCUUCUUCAAGGGCAUCAUCAACCUGCGAGUUUGGUGGAGCAAAUGAUGUAUUCUUCACAUAUGGCUUCUUUACAGUCCUCGUUAUCAUUGCCCUCUCCGUCUCCGCCGCCGCUGCCGCCGCCUUUUCCUUCAUCAGAUAUAUACGGGUCUUCUUCGUCAUCUGGUUUUGUCGGUGCUUCUUCCUUUUCUUCUUCAUUUCCUCUGUUUUCCCAACAGCAGCCCCAAUUAGGAUACUUCCGGCCGCAGCCGCCGCCGCCGCCCCCGCACAACCAGGGAAGCGGCGGGGAAGACAUUGAGCCGCCGCCAUCGUCGGAUUCAAGUCAUUACCCGUCAUCAACCAGUUGAAAUUCGGUUCCCUAGAUAGCUUCUCUUUGUUUUUUCCUUAUUAGAAUCAUUCUUUUGGGGGGGAGUAAUAGUUUUCAGAGCAUUGUUUUGUACUCCUUUGGGACGAGGAUGAUUUUUUUUCCCAUGUACACCACUUUUACAUGCAAGACUUCUUUCGUA